GCGAACAGUGAUCCGUGGCAGGUAGCUUUCCACAGUCUAGCGGAGAUCGCAGCGAGAUCUCGGAAAAAAUCGAAGUGUAUCUAGGGUAUAUAACUUUCGUCUAACUCUAACAUGGUCUAGCCUAGAGACUCGUCUCUCGUCUCUCGAGACGAAGAAGGCGCAGGUGCACGUUGCACAGCAGUGAAAGUAUCCCGAGUUGCAGUUACGAUCUGGCAUCUGUCAAUGCCCUCUUGCAUAGUCAGUCGAAGUCUAUCGGUGUCGUUUGUCCGAGACCCGGGAUUUUCAGCUCGCUUGUCGACAGUGUCGGUGCCUGUCAGCUAGUGAACAGUCACCUGGUGAAUCCUGUUCGUCGAGCCAGCUAAAACAACUACGAGAGCCUAAUUUCGUUGGAUGCUCUUCUGCUGUUGGAAACUCGCGUUACGAACUGGGAUGAACAUGAUGAACGCGGCGACGUUGUGCUUCCUGCUGAUCGUAACCGGUGUCACCCCUCUUUCCACUGGGUCCAAUCCUGAAUAUGUGAAACAAUGUUCGAGGAGCGAUCCAAAAUUAAAAGCAUGCCUGAUCGAUGCGUUGCACCAUUUAAGACCGUACUUGAGUGUUGGAAUACCGGAAAUUGAGCUGCCUUCCGUAGAACCAUUUCGCAUGGACGAGCUGACUCUCUCCCUGACAGGUGGUACAAACGGUUAUAAGGUUCAACUGCGUGAACUGUUCGUAAAGGGAGCGAGCAAUUAUACCGUGGACGACAUCAAACUUGGCUCACCCUUCGAGGCUAUUGUACGAAUGCCAGCCCUCAUCUUGGACGCGCAUUAUUCCAGUUCAGGAGUGCUGAUUAUCUUACCGGCCAGUGGCAAUGGAACGUUCCACGCACGAUUUGACGAUGUCAAAGCUCUAGUCAAAGGCACUGUCUCGACGAAAGAGAGGGAUGGGAAAACAUACCUCAACGUGGAUAAUCUUGACGUUGCUCUGGAAGUGAAGAACGUAAACAUGAGAGUGCGCAAGAUUUUUAACAACAAUCGAAUCCUUACCGAGGCAACUAACCUGUUCCUCCGUGAAAACGGACAGGAAGUAUUAAAGGUGAUGGAGCCUCAGUUGAAAAGGAAACUGUCCGUUCUCUUCGCCGGAAUUGUUAAUCAAUUGUUACGUCACGUGCCAGUGGAAGUCUUCUUGUUGCCUUGAAUUUCGUAAUUUUUCUCGGAAAUAAAGAAAAAAGAACGACAAAUAAUCGAAAUUAGUAGGUACAUUGUACAUAGAGUUACCACAUGAUAACAAGUAACUCUGGUUAAUAAUUCGUAGUAGUAACAAGACGAUAAACAAAGAGCAGUAUUUUUACAACGUUUAGUUUAAUCCGUUUCAAUGUAAUUAAUUGCGCAAAAUUGAAUCUAUUGUAGAAAACGUAAAAAUUAUAUAUGUAUAUAUUUGUAAAA